AUCCAUGGAAGCGCCAGUGGGUGGUCUCUCCGCAAACAAACUGAACAACCCUAGCCUAGCGCCCCCGCCCGCCCCAGCCGCUGUCUCUCCCUCCACGGUCCACUCGCCGGAGCUCGCGCCCUCCACCUCUACCGGCGACCUCCAGUGAACGCUCCGAAGUCCGGAUACCGAGGGCCAUGGCGCAGAGGGCGAUGGGUCUUCUCCGGCGUUCCCUCGGGCUCGCACCCCCGACAGCUCAGAGGGCCCUGAGUACCAGCGCCGCGCCGGCUGCGGCGGCGGCGGCAGCGGAGGGAGAGGUGGUGGCCGCGUCCAAGGAGCCGAAGAGGCGGAAGAAGAAGAACCUGUUCGAUGUCGUGCAGUUCUUGCCUGAUUGGGGCGUCGGCUACAAGGUCGCCAAGACCACCUGGCGCGACGUCUCCUACCAGAUCACCAAGAUCAACCUAUACAAGGACGGUCGUCACGGGAAGGCAUGGGGGAUUCGGUAUAAAGCGGGUGUGCAAGCGGCAGAUGCUCCAAUCAAAAUCAGUGGAGUUAACAAACGUGGGUGGAAGUACAUAAAGGCAUCACAGAAGACAGUACAAGAUAUCCCCAAAGUGGAAACACCAGUUGCCGUGUAGUUGCAACUCCAACGAUGUUGCUCGUCUUUGAGUUGAACGAAAACCUUUAGAUGGUUGUUUCUAGAUGAACAGGGAUCCAUGUUGACGCUUGAACUCACUGUAGUGUUUUAUAUCCAGCUUUUGGCGGGAUCCUUUUCGAUUUUCAUGGUGUACUUGAUAACAAAUAUACCAUGUUCUGUUGGUAAUUUGUAAUGGCUUCUAGUUUGUACUCUAAUAAUGCACCUCCGUUCUUUAGAAGGGGUUAAACAUCUAGACGGAAGAGCACCAGUUGAAAGGAUCAUGAGUCAUGGCGGAGUAUCACUAUGGAGUGUCAACUGUCAUGUCGUCCAUGAAAAAUUUGUAUUGUAGAGUACUUUGUUUUUCUUGGCAGUUUAACAUUUCCAGUUAUCUCCA